CGAUUUAUAAAUAACCCUGCACACACACUCACACACACACACACACACACACACAUGGGAUCAGCUUUGACCUGCAGUGUGUUUGGGAAUGGAGUUCAUUUCAGUAAUGUAUUCUGGAGUUUGAGAAAAUCAGGUAAAGCAGGUGAAGAAAUGCACCAGAGCAGAGGCUCUAUCUCUGACCAGGUGGGAGAAAAGGGCGGAUAUAAGACUCCGCCCACCUCCGAGCUCCACAGGUUAUUGUGGAUCAAACCAGGCACGAGCAGCCAUCUUGACGAGGUCAGACCGGGCAUCUACAUUGGAGACCUGUAUGCAGCUAAAGACAGACACCUGUUACAGACACUGAACAUCAGUCAUGUGUUGAACGCAGCUCACGGUAAAUAUAACGUGAACACAGGAGCGAGUUUCUACAGAGGAACCAACAUCACGUACCACGGUGUGGAGGCCUUCGACAUGCCCAGCUUCGACAUGAGCCCCUUCUUCUACAGCGCCGCCAAUUUCAUCAAGACUGCAGUGAGCACCCCUGGAGGUAAGGUGUUUGUGCAUUGUGCGAUGGGACUGAGUCGCUCGGCCACGCUGGUCCUCGCCUACCUGAUGAUCGAGGAGAAGAUGACGCUGGUGGAGGCCAUUACUGCUGUAGCGCAGUACAGGAACAUCUGCCCCAACAUGGGCUUCCUGGAGCAGCUACGCACACUCGACACACAACUGCAGAACCAAUACAGCGCCACCUAGUGCUACAUUAAUAGUUUCUCAUCAUGCUAACUAGCAAAUUAAAGAUUUCUGGAGCGUCCACCAUAUAAGUCUCUGUGAAUGAGCUGUUUCUAUAGAAACGAUAUAAACCUGUGAUUUGCAGCUGCACUGCUGUCACUACAUUAUAAUACCCCCACACACAUACUAUCCAAUUUGUCCACCCAAUCAGAUAUUUACUUUUCCCAUUCUAUAUUAGACUCCUCCCACUCUGGGAUAAGUUCCUACAAUUUUUACAACCAAUAAUAAAACAGAUUGAAAGAGCAAGUCCAAUAGGAACACAGUAUCAAACAGCGGAGCCAAUAAGAACACAGUAUCAAACAUCAGAGCCAAUAAGAACACAGCGUUAAAUAGCAGAGCCAAUAGAAACACAGUUUUAAAUAGCAGAGCCAAUAGGGACAAAGUCACUCUGACAUUUACUCCUCCCAUUGUGAUAUCUCCUCCCCCUUUUAAUCAUAACUUCUCCAGCUCCAGUGUUUUUUCCCCUCCUGACAUUAGACAUUUCUACCACUUAAUUUAGCUCCUCCCAUUUUUACAUGGCCCCACCCACUCCGAGUGUUUCAUUUACUCCAUCACUGAAAGUUGCACUUACCCAACUCUGGAACACUCUCUUGCCAAUCAGAUAUUAGCCCCGCCCACUCAAGUAUUCAUUACUUCAGUGGGAAAUUCAGAGACAUGUAGCACACUAGUGACACUCAGGUGAUGUACUAACACUGACAAAAAAAUGAAGUGAGGAGCGUCGACACUUUGACACUCGGUGGUUGUAACCUGCUCUGUGUAGCAAAAGGGGCGGAACCAGUAGUGUUGCAGUUUAAAUUUAGCUGAGAAUGGUGUUUUUAGGAGAAAAAAUUAAAUGGAAAAUGUUUAAAGCUGA